AUGUCGUCUUCUGCUUCUGUUGAGUGCCAAAUUUGCUUCAAGUAUGGUCAUACUGCUGCUGUCUGCGACCACCGCUUUGAUCAGAAUUUUGCACCAAAUCAGUCUAAUUCUCAGCCUUCCAAUCAAUCUUAUCCCCAAAAUCUGCGGCAGAACCAGUCUCAGUUCUCUAUGGCUAAUUCACCAUAUCCAGAGCAGUUCAACUUGCAUCCUCAAUUUCAGUUUCAGCAGAUCGAUUUUCGUCCUUCUUCUCCUCAGGCAGAUUCUGGAAGCACUGACUCUGGACCAACUCACCAUGUAACUCCAGCUCUCCAGAAUAUUGAUCAUCAGCUUGGUCCAUUUGAUUUUGAAGGUCGUCAUGAGAAAAUGUUCAACUUUUCUUCUCGUUUUAAUCCUCCACCUCCCUUUCCCUUUGAUAAUAUAAGAAGAGAGAAGAAAGCAACGAGGGAGGACAUGACAACAAAAUUGGUUGUGAAAAAAUUAAAACGCUUACCAGAAUCGACCAGCGAAACAGACGUUACUUUUAGCAUUGCGAAAUCUUUGUUCUUGAAAGAUUCUAAGGAUAAGAACAUCGUGUUUUCGCCAUUGUCGCUUCAGGUUGUGCUCAGCAUGGUCGCCGCUGGUUCAGAUGGCGCCACACUUGACGAGCUUCUCUCCUUCCUCGGAUCCAAUUCCGCCGACCAACUAAACUCCUUAGCCUCUAAGCUUGUCUCCAAUGUGCUCUCCGACGCUUCUUCCACCGGCGGCCCUCAUCUCUGUUUCACCAACGGUGUGUGGGUUGAACAAUCCCUUCCUGUUCACCAUUCCUUCAAACAAGUCAUGAAUACUGAUUAUAAAGCCACUUUAGCCUCUGUUGAUUUCUGGACUAAGGCAGGUGAAGUGAUUAGUGAAGUAAAUUCAUGGGCUGAAGCAAAAACAAAGGGUCUUAUCAAGAACCUUCUUCCUGAUGGCUCAGUUGACCACUUAACUAGGCUCAUCCUUACAAAUGCAUUAUACUUCAAAGGUGCAUGGCAUGACAAGUUUGAGUCCUCAAUGACUAAAGACGGUGAUUUCCACAUUCUUAAUGGCACCUCAAUCAAGGUUCCGUUCAUGGUAAGCAAGAUGAAACAGUUUAUUAAUGUUUUUGAUACUUUCAAAGUCCUUGGUCUUCCUUAUAAGCGGGGUGAAGAUCAGCGUCAGUUCUCCAUGUACUUCUUACUUCCGCAUGCAAAAAAUGGGUUGUCUGCUUUGGUUGAGCUGGUAGCUUCAACACCUGGAUUCCUGAAAUGCAAUCUUCCUAAUCAUAAAGUGGAAGUAGGUGAUUUCAGGAUUCCCAAAUUCAAAAUUUCUUUCGAUUUUGAAGCUUCUGAUGUUCUUAAGGAGUUGGGAGUUGUUUUGCCUUUCUCAGAUAAUGCAGAUUUGUCAAAAAUGGCGGGUUCUCCUGGGAGUCGAGGCCUAUAUGUUUCCAACAUAUUUCACAAGUCUUGCAUUGAAAUAAAUGAAGAAGGCUCUGAAGCUACCGCAGUCAGCACCGCCCGUGUCCGUACAAAGGGAUUACCGAUUCGAGUAGACUUCGUAGCUGACCGCCCUUUCAUCUUCCUAAUUAGAGAAGAUUCGAGUGAAACAAUACUAUUUAUAGGGCAGGUGCUCAAUCCACUUGUUGGGUGA